AUGAGAAUCUUUAAUGGAUCAAUUUAUAUUUCCCCUAGAGGAAAUAUGGAUAAUAAUGAUGUAAAUGCUAAAGGUUGUAGAAUAUACUCUUUUGAAGAAGAACAGACGAAAAAAGAAAAUAGGACUAACUUAUUAUUAAAUUUAUUAUUUUCUCGAAAAAGUAUGAUAUCAUUACUUGGAAUUUUAUAUGUGAUUUUAUUGAAUGUACUUGUUUGUAAUAAUAAUGACUGUAGGGGAGUUCAAUUUAGCAGUACAUAUUCGAGAAACUUAAACGAAGUUAAAUUAUCAGAUAUUGAGAAGAAAUUAAUGGAAGCAGAAUGUUGUGAUUCUAUAAGUAAAUCAAAUAAGGAAGAACGAUUAAAGGUAAAAUUGCUUUUAAAGAACUCAUUUGAAAGUGAACAUGAAAAUGUAUUUGGACAGAACGCUGAUGUAUUUAAUGAUUUAUUAUGUGAUGAUAUGUGGAAAAAAUUUAAUUUAAAUUUACAUGAUAAAUUUUAUAUUAAAAAUGGAAAACAUGAAAUGGAUCAUCUGUUGAAUAAAGAACUAUUUAAAUUAUCUGAAACUUCUGACAAUAGAGAAAAAAUGAUUAAUUUAUGGAAAGAAAACAUGGGAAAGGAAAAAAAGAAAUACUAUCAAAUGAAUUAUGACAUAUAUUGUUAUCUUGAAUUCCUAAGAAAAAAACAUAAAGUACCACGUAAGUAUGGAAGCAAACAAUGGGAUCAUUGUACGAAAAAAAUAAAGGAAACUGAACAGAAUGCUAAAGAUUUAUUAGAAGAUAUAUUUAAAAAAUGGCUUGAAAAUGAACAUUUAGAUAAGAACGAAUUUAUAGUCUUAAUAUCUGGAUGUAGAUUAUUAUGGAGAAAAUUAAGUGAUGAUAUGACAAAAGCUUGUAAAGUUUAUAUACUUAAACCUUUUAAUGAUGUAUAUAAUGAGAAAAAAAGACUAAUAAAAAAUGGUGAAGAUUUAUCAAGCAUUAAUUAUGAGGAAUAUUUUAAAAGUGGACCGUUUUUAAAUAACUAUUCUACGGAAAAAAAUAAAUUUCCAACUUUGCAAGCAUUGUUAGAAAAAUAUGAAGCAUCAGAUGAAGAUUCACAAAAAGAAGUAUUAGUAGGUAAAUCAUUCCAUCCUUUACUUGAUGGAACGACAACUAGUGAAAGUAAUUCAUUAGAAUUGGACGAAGAAGAUGACAAAGAAGGUCAUCAUGAUGAAGAAAUUAAAGAUAUGAAACUAAAAAGUUUAUCUCAUAAUAAGGAUCAAAAUUACGAUGAAACAUAUAAUGAACAGUAUGAAUCAUAUGUAAAAGAAAUAGAAUCUAAUGCUGAAAAAUUAGCUGAAUAUAAAGUUGAAAAGGAAUUUCAAGAGGUAAAUAAACGAUUUCGUGAGGUUGGAAAACGAAUUAAAUUAGCUGAGAAAAAUAUCAAACUUAAUGAUUCAAGUAGCGAAUCAGAAGAAGAUUCUGAUGAGGAAGAUGACGAAAAUGAAGAUGAUGAUGAGGAAGAUGAUGAUGAGGAAGAUAAUGAUGAAGAUGACAAUGAUGAAGAUGACAAUGAUGAAGAUGACAAUGAUGAAGAUGAAAAUGAUGAAGAUGACAAUGAUGAAGAUGACAAUGAUGAAGAUGACGAUAAUGAUGAUGACGAUGACGAUGAUGAUGACGAUGACAAUGAAUAA